UGGUGAGUGUCUAGCUGUAGCUCUGUGAGAAGCUCAACGUAAUCGGGCCUCCUGAAACAGAUUAAAGGCUAACAAUCCGAAACUGAAACAAGAAGAAUGAGUUUGGAGUCACAUACAUCACAUUUCAGUAAUCUCGAUCCAGGGCAUCAAGCUAAAGAAGUAAAUAUCAAAAUGCCUUCAAUGAGGAUCACCAAAUUGGAGUUAAAGAAAGAAUAUCCUUGCAAAGAAGAUUCAGUUAGAGCAGCAAAGGAAUAUAUAAACAGCUUCAUAGAGAAAACACAAUCAUCUAAAUACUCUAUUAAGGAAAAGAAGGUUUUACAAUCCGUUGGUGAAACACUGAAAGGAAUGCGUGGGGAAUUUUCAAUGAGGAUUUACUGUAUCUACAGAACUGUUCAGUCCAAGUUAAGGAAAAUAGUGGAUCAGUUCACAUUGGAUGAUGAUGACGCAGCUGAUACUGUUGACGAUGACGCUUCUGAUGAUGCUUCUGAUGAAUCGGCUGAUGCUGCUACCCAGACUAAUCAUUCUUUUGAAGCAAUACAUGAAGAUAUUUUACUAUUUUUGACAACAAACAUACCCCAAAGUACAUCAGAAACCACGUCCUAUCGACCAGAAAUAUAUGCACUUACAUCUGGACAUGCCCAUCGUUUCCUCAAAGAAAACAUGUGUGAUAGAGAAUUCCCAAUAAAAUGUGCCAAAAGGGUUCUAAAAUUUAAUUUAAAGGCCUUGUCAUCCAAGCAACUUACUGGACCUCUGUCAUCCAAGACAGAAUCAUAUAAGCCGGGCGGAAGUACCAUGGUUACCUUCUGGGACUCACUGGGGCAAAUCACAACAUCCUAUAAGAUGCCACUGAGAGAUGAUGCUUCUCUAUACCGACGCUGCUUACGGACAAAGACAGGUACACCAAGGAGAGCAUCAAUGACUGUUGGAGAAACUUAUCUCAGAAUGUCUCCUGAAAUGAGUCUGAAGGAUAUUGCCCUUCUCCUUUAUCAACUUUCCCGUAUUGCAAGAGGAGAGAAAUCAAGGAAAUAUCAAAGUAAAGAAAAGGAAAUUGAUGACAAAGCUUUUGAUGUGCUUAAUCAAGUGAAAAUUGAAACGAACAAAAGAACAAUAAAUACACUUAACCAGAUUCUGAUGAAAAAAAUAAUUGUUCAUGUCAAAGGUAAAUCUAAGAACCUUGGUCUUUAUUUGUCUAACCAGGAUUUGAAAGGCUGGGAAGAUGCAAAUAGAUUUGUGCUGAAGAUUAAAAUGCCUGACAAGAGAAAACUCCAGAUACUUCAAGAAUGGGAAGGACAGCCUCCAAACCUUGUAGAGUUGCUUCAUGUUGUAAAAGAUAAAGAUGAGAUAAAAAGACUGCUUCAGACAGAAGAUUACAGUAGAUUGAUUGAUAGCCUUUCAUUGCACUUUUGUGGCUCACACAAAGGGAUUUAUCACAAAGAUCCCUUGCUGAAGUACAUACAUGGUCACAUCCGAACAAGAAGAGGUGAAUCUGUAUUCCGGUUUGGUGGAAAAUGGCUGAGGAUUGAGAAUGAGUACAUGGUGAAUCUGGAAGAGCAAUUCAGGAAUGUGGAGCAAUACACUAGUCUGGAUGACAACGUGCUUGUGUUACCAUGGCAGUACUCUGGUAAGGAUUGCCCUAAGGCUGCUGCAGUGAAGGACAAAGGCAGAAAAGAGAGACCACCAACCAGCUUUACAGGCAGAACAUUCCGGAAGUGGAUGAAACAAACCUUUAAAAAGAAAGUGAGGUCGAGGGACUAUGAAAUACCACCAAACCUAAAUCCAUCUAAAAAUGUCCAGUUUGAUGUCUAUCUUGAAAAUGAAGAUGAGAAAGUCAUAGAAAAACAACUUUUCCUCAGAAUGCACUGCCAACAGGCUGAAGAACACUACAAUGAAGGUUACAUCCUGUAUGAUCAACUGCUCACUGACUACACUUCGGGAUACCUCCUUGGGGACAGGAUCUUUAUUUUUGGUCAGAACAUAGAGCUGUACGACAUCCUCUUCUACACACCACAGAAGACAUAUCUCAUCCACGUCAAAGAGGGCUUUGGGAACACUACCCGAGAUGUGUGCUCUCAGAUUCGGAAUUCCGCAGAGGUAGUGUUCAAACACUUGAUUAGCAACAACAGUUUCGACAUCUUAAAAAAAUACUGGUCAAGUGUUACAGGCUAUAAGGGCACGGAAAAGUACCGCCAAGUUGUAAGAGAUCGGUACUUGGAAAUGGAAAAGGAAAAGUUCAUACAACUCUUCAAUCGGGAGGAAAUAGUUUAUGUGUUGGCAUACAGGGAUACUAAAAAAACACCAUCAACCAUGGUCCCCUUUGUUCCAUAUCCAAAAGAACGACUUACACACGAAUUUCGCGGGAAAACCGAUGAAGUUGUUGAGGAAUUGUUGAGGUGUAAGUAUCUCCGAAGAGAUGGUGCUGGCAGAAUAUGUUUGACAGAUAAAGUCUUCAACACACUGGAGCAGGCAAAGAAGGAAAUCAGACUUGAAACCCUGGCAAUGGCGAAAAAGGCUUUCAAUAUUCUGAGGGAAACUAUGAGCAACCAUUCUUCUUUCAUUGCAAAGAUGGAGGUUGUACAUCUAUAUAGUAACUUCAAACGUUUUGUUACCCCUAGCAAACAACUUUCCCUGAAGAUGUGUAGUAUCAGGAAAAAUGUUUUGACGCAAGACUGAGGCAGAGGAAAUAUCUAGCUGUUGAUAUAUCAUAUCAGGACAUUUUGAGAAGGAACUAUUGUGCCCUCAUUGAUUACUUUGAAAAAUGUGGAAGUUGUUGUCAGUCUAGUGGAACAAUGGGACAUAUGGAACAAGUUUAACAAACCAAAACUUUUAGUUGGCAUAUUAUCUACCAUUACUAAACUUAAGCUUUAGAAUGAAGACAUAUCUCCGAUAUUAAACAAGUCAUUUAAGAGUGUAGUAACAUGAUUUUUUUCAUUGGUAACAGAACAGGACACUUACACAAGUGUGGUAAACUGGCGUUUAAUUUGUUCAUAAAGAUCUGUUUCCGAGACUGAAGCUGCUAAAAUAUUGGCAUCAUCGUGGCAUGAUGACACAGUACCUAGUGCAGUUCGAAACAUGGACAAGGCCACUUAAGACAGUGUCAAGAAAUUAUCAUGUCAUCUUGGAGCCAAUCUGAAUGCCUCCUUGGAUCAUAAUGAGGUGGACAUAUUGCUAUGAUUCCUAUUGCCAAAUGGAACCUAAUUUCCACUGACCAAUGGGAGAGACAAUGACUGUCUGAUGUUGUUCCUGAACUGAAUGAAAAUGUGCACUUCAUGAUGAUCAUCAAUACCAAAUGGGUGUCUUGAUGUGUUCAUUCUGUACUCGACCCGUUAAGAUCCGGGGUAGAAUAGGUCUUCAACAACCCAUUCUUGCCCUAAAAGGCGGCUAUGCUUGUCGUAAGAGGCGACGAACGGGAUCGGGUGGUCAGGCUCACUGACUUUGUUAA